AUGGCGGGUGGCGCGAGGAGCCGCCGGGCGCCCCGCGCCCCCUCGCUCGACGCCGUCGUGGGCUCCUACCUGCUGGGCCAGUGGCCGCGCGACGCCCGCGGCGCCUCCGCGUCCCGCACGAGCGACAAGGCGACCCAGACUCCGGGAUCGUGGUGCGAGACGGAAGCGGGCAGAGCCCCGUGCGGCCCCCACAGGCGCUCGGCGUCCUGGGGUAGCGCAGAUCACCGCCGGGAGAUGGCCAGACUGAAGCAGCAGCUGCAGCGAACGAAGCUGAAUGGCAGGAGCGGCAGCGACAAGGAGCCGAGCUCCCCGGCGCGGGGGGACCCCGCGGUGCUGGCAUCGCUGCGGGCCUCUCCUUCGGGAUUCCUUCCUCCGUCUCCCAUUGUGAGGCUCAGCCCCUGCUUGCACCGCAGCCUCGAGGGGCUGAACGAGGAGCUGGAGGGAGUGUUCGUGAAGGAGCAGGGGGACGAGGAGCUGCUGAGGAUCCUGGACGUCCCGGAUGGCCACAGGGCGCCGGCGCCAGCGCAGAGAGGCCCCGGGGCUGCGUCGCUGGCACUGGAGCCCGGCAGCAGCCGCUGCAGCCUCUCUCUUUCUCCGUCCUCCUCCGUGCCCCUGCGCCUUUCCCCGCGCGCCCCGCUGAGGCUGAUGGCAGGAGAGCUCUCCCCGGCUGCGGAUGAGGUGCAGCCGGAUCCCAAGGAGCAAGAGGCUGGCAGCCCUUCCCCAGGGCCGGCCUUUGCUGCUUCUCCUCGGCCCAACCACAGCUACGUGUUUAAACGGGAACCUCCCGAGGGAUGUGAGAAAGUCCGGGCCUUUGAAGAAGCUUCAUCCCCCAGCCCCGACCCGACCUUCCAGCCUUCCUGCCCGGACAAGAACAAAGUGCACUUCACCCCCACGGGCUCUGCCUUCUGCCCCGUGAGCCUCGCGAAGCCGCUUUUCCCGAACGUGAGCUUCCUCUUCCACAGCUUCCCUGCUGCCUCUGGCACGGGCUCCUUGGUGUCCUGCCAGCCCUCGGCGCCCGGCCCGUUCCUCGGCGUGCGGGAGGACGUCGCCGGCUUCAGCGAGGCGGCCGAGCCGCCCUCGUUGCGCUACGAGCCCUGGCAGCCCGAGGAGAGCGUCGCCUUCCAGAGCUCGCUCGUGGUGUGAGGCCGGGGCGGCCCGU